AUGGAAAACCGGAAUCCUGAUCCAAGAUCGAUACGAGUCAAAGUGAAAAACUCGGAUAACUCGGCUCUUUUGAUGAAGUACUCCUUGACACUCGUAGGCAGAGUCACGAACCCCAAAUAUCAGAAGGUGUGGUCUAUCGUACCUUUCUUCACUAACCGCUGGAAAACCUCUGUUCGUCCGAUAGGUGCUGACCUAGGCCAAGGCCUUUUCCAGUUUCAAUUCGACAACGAGGACGAUGUGCAACUCAUCCUCAAAAACAGACCUUACCAUUAUGCCAAAUGGAUGCUCAUAAUCCAACGCUGGGAGCCCAUGGUCUCCAGGUCCUUUCCCUCCCUCAUUCCGUUCUGGAUCCAGAUCCAAAGGUUCCCAGUUCAUCUCUGGACCCACGAAACUAUCCAAAGUCUGGGUGACUCUCUAGGCUUCUGUGAAGAAGUGGAGAUAACCUCCAUUUCGGCCAGAGUAAGGGUUCACAUCAAUGGGAUUAAACCACUUGUCACCACCUCCAUUGUGGAGUACCUAGAUGGGGAGGAAGUUCUAGCCUCUCUAGUCUAUGAAAAGUUAGAGAGAUAUUGCUCCAAGUGUAUGAUGCUCACACAUGAAGAUAAAGAAUGCACGGAGUUCCCCUCUCUCUCUUCGAAUGACACGAGGACCCGGAAAAACACCUACUGGUCUCAAAGGAUGCGAGACUGGACAUAG